UACUGAGUGAGAGGAUCGACAUGGAGCUUGUGUAGCAUCCUCAAAGGCAGCUCUCCGUCUCUGCUUUAUCUCUCUCCACUCUGCCUGACAUCAACCCCCAUCUCUAAGACAAUGUCUGGGAUCAAAAUCAGCUUUUGCCUUUUAAUCUCUCAGCUGUGCAUCAUGUGUUCAGCAGUGGGCCUAAACAGCAAGUAUCUGCGAGAGCAGCACAGGUUUACAGAUGACGUGGACUGGUCUUACACAGGAAGUUUGAACCAGCAGCACUGGGUAAAAAAGUACCGCUCCUGUAACGGAGCCAAGCAGUCGCCCAUCAACAUUGAUGAGAGCUUCACCCAGGUUCAGGUGCAGUACCGUGAUCUGAAGCUGGAGAACUGGGACCAGCUCAUGUCAGAGUCUACCAUCACCAACGAUGGAAAAACAGUGGUAAUCAGUGUGAAUGGACAGUACUAUGUCAGCGGAGGAGGACUCGGGUCACGGUUCAGAGUAGCCAGGAUCACGUUCCACUGGGGCCGCUGCAACGCCUCAUCAGACGGUUCAGAACACAGCCUCAAUGGCUACAGAUUUCCUUUAGAGAUGCAGAUUUACUGUUAUGAGGACAAUGAAUUUAACUCUAUAGAUGAUGCUCUGAGGGGUAAUGGCAGAAUCACUGCACUGGCCAUUCUGUUUGAGGAGAGCUUUGAUGAUAAUGAGAACUAUGCUGCCUUAAUCGAUGGGGUCAAUGCCGUCAGUCGCUACGGUAAAAGUAGUGUGCUCAAGGACUUUCCUCUGCUUGGUCUCCUGCCUGAGUCAACAGCUAAAUAUUUCAUCUACAAUGGCUCGCUCACCACACCACCCUGCAUAGAGACAGUGAAGUGGAUUGUGUUCAGAGACACUGUGCCAAUUUCUGAAACGCAGUUGGAGGUGUUCUGUGAGGUGAUGACCAUGCAGCAGUCUGGAUACGUGAUGCUGACAGAUUACCUGCAAAACAACUACAGGGAGCAACAGCAGCAGUUUUUGGGACAGGUUUUCUCAUCUUACACUGGCACAGAGGAAGUCCUAGCUCCUAUGUGCAGCUCAGAGCCAGAAAACGUCCAGGCAGAUCCCCAGAACUACACCAGUAUAAUGGUGAUGUGGGAGAGGCCGCGUGCUGUGUACGAAACCAGCAUUGAGAAAUAUUCUGUCACCUACCAGAGUCUACAGGGUAAAAACGCUCCGAAACGACAGUACCUGACUGAUGGAGACCAAGAUGUGGGUGCCAUCAUCCACAACUUACUGGCCAAUAACAGCUAUGUGGUCCAGGUGGUGGCUCUGUGCACCAACGGCCUGACGGGUCGCAUGAGUGACCAAGUAAUAGUAGACAUGCCUUUGGAAGACCCUGAAAAUGAUCCGGAUCCUUCUGUUGAAUCAAAACAAGUAGAGGAUUUUACUGAGACCUCGUUAUCUCCGAGUAGGACAAGCAGCAAACCCAGAGCUUUACCUGGUCGUACGACUUUCUCCGAGAGCUCCGUAUACCACACCACCCCCACCAGUCACCCAGGAUUCCUGUUUCCAGCUGUCAAGGCAACCACAUCAUUUGAGCAGCAGUGGAUCAGUGUGAAAUCUCAAACCUUUUCACCUGACCAGGCGGGAAGCCAUGACAAGCAUCCUAGCAGCCACAUUGUACCAGAGAACGAAGACACCAUGUUGGUAACUGAGGUUCACAACAAGGACAUGAAAUCUGUUGUGGAUCAGGGAAAGGGCCAAUCGAGGACAAACAAAGCGGGCAUCGUUGCAGCGACAUCCGCUCCAAAUGCAGAGAGCAAUACUAUAUAUGUCACCAGUAACACUUUGUCUGUCUCAGGGAAGAAUCUUCAUGAACCCACACAGCCACUGUUUAACGAGGAAAGCAACAGCAGUCCACAGUCUCGUGUGGGAAUGGUGGGAGGGACGGAAAGAGAGAAGAGGACGGUGGUGCCGUUAGCAGUGGUGUCUACCCUUACUGCACUAUGUCUGCUGGUGCUGAUCAGCAUUCUCAUCUACUGGAGGAAGUGCUUUCAGGCAACACAUCUUCAAAUAGAGGACAAAACAUCCCCCAGAGUCAUAACAGCUCCAUCCACACCUCUGCUCCUUAAUACAGAAGAACAUGCAGCCCUACCAGUGACAGAAUUUGUGAAGCACGUUGUGAACCUUCACUCCAACAACACCUUCUCGAAGGAGUUUGAGAGCUUGAAAGAGUCUUACGAGGAAAUUCAGUCCUGUACUGUGGACAUGGGCAUUACGACAGACAGCUCGAAUCAUGCAGACAACAAGAGCAAGAACAGAUACAUCAACAUCCUGGCUUACGAUCACAGUCGAGUCAAGCUAAACCAUACUGCAGAUAAGGAUGGAAAGACUGGGGACUAUAUAAAUGCCAGUUAUGUGGAUGGCUACAACCACCCGAGAGCGUACAUUGCAGCCCAGGGUCCAUUGAAGACAAGCCUGGAAGACUUCUGGAGGAUGGUGUGGGAGCAGAACGUCAGCGUGAUCGUCAUGAUAACCAACCUGUUGGAGAAGGGGCGUAGAAAAUGUGACCAGUACUGGCCAAUGGAAAACCAGGAAGAGUACGGGAGCUUUCUUGUGACACUGAAAAGUACCGUAACAUUGGCGUACUACACGAAGCGGACCUUCACCCUGAGGAACGUCAACAACAAAAAGGGCUCUCUGAAGAGUCGUGGUCAGGAGAGAACCAUCGAGCAGUACCAUUACACACAGUGGCCAGACAUGGGGGUUCCUGAGUACACACUUCCUGUGCUGAAAUUUGUACAGAAGUCGUCUGAGGCACGUAGCGCUGAGUCGGGUCCUGUGGUGGUGCACUGCAGCGCUGGAGUGGGAAGAACAGGAACUUACAUCGUAAUAGACAGCAUGCUGAAGCAGAUAAAGGCUGAAGGGACGGUGAACAUCAUGGGCUUCCUAAAGCAAAUCCGCACCCAGAGGAACUAUCUGGUGCAGACUGAGGAACAAUAUGUUUUCAUUCACAAUGUCUUAGUAGAAGCCAUCAGGAGCAAAGAGACACAAGUAUCAGCUAGUCACAUUCAUGCUUACGUCUCGGAUCUUCUCACUCCUGGACCAACAGGCAAAACUCGUCUAGAGAAACAGUUUAAGUUUAUUAGCCAGAAGUGUGCAAAUCAGGAUGACUACAAGACAGCGCUGAAAGAGUGGAACCUACCAAAGAACAGGCCUUCAGCCCUCCUGCCUGUGGAAAGAUCCAGAGUAAGUCUGUCUUCGACUGGCGCAGAUUCUUCAGACUAUAUUAAUGCUUCUUACAUCAUGGGUUACCAUCAAAGCUGUGAAUUCAUCAUCACCCAGAGACCCCUGGCCAGCACUAUACAAGACUUUUGGAGGAUGAUCUGGGACCACAAUGCUCAAAUCAUCAUUUCUUUGCCAGAUACACAGAACCCGACUGAGGAAGAGGAGUGUGUUUACUGGCCCACUAAAGAGCAGCCAAUCAGCUGUGAGACCUUUACAGUGACGCUGGCAGGAGAAGAUCAGAUUUGUCUGUCUUAUGAAGAAUCUCUGGUGGUGCAGGACUUUAUUUUGGAAGCCUUAAAAGAUGACUACGUGUUGGAGGUUCGCUGCUAUCAGGCUCCACACUGGCCCAAUCCAGACAGACCCAUCAGUAAUGCCUUCGAGCUCAUUAACAUCAUCAGGGAGGAGAAUGCACAUCGAGAGGGUGCUAUUGUGCUCCAUGAUGGGUAUGGAGGCUCCAGUGCUGGAACACUCUGUUCCUUGAUCUCGCUGAUUAAUCAGCUGGAGGAGGAGAACAUGGUGGAUGUCUAUAUGACCUCAAGGAUGACCAACCUGAUGAGACCAGGAGUAUUCAGUGACAUAGAGCAGUACCAGUUUCUUUACAAAGCGAUAUUAAGCUUGGUAAGCAGCAAGGAAGACGAGCAAACGCUUCUUUCCACCGAGAACAACGGCAACAUCCCGGCUGGUUCAGCAAACAUCACAGAAAGUCUUGAGUCUCUUAUGUAAUUUAAAUGAGUCAUAUGUUUGGAAAUGAUAUAAAGAGAUCAUUUAACUUUGUUUACAUGAAGGUAGAGUGUAGCCCUUUGGCUUUACGCCCCGGUACAGGACGUGAUUUGAUCUUUAAUCGUGCCUUUUUGUAAACGGUGUAACUUUAUAAAGCGAUUUGAUAUGUUAUUGUUGGGACUAAUGCCAAAAUUUCUACUCUUUUCAGAAUGUUGACUGCCGCACUGCUAGUGAUGUCUAUUUAGUCGAGUAAAAAUGUAAUAUUUAUAAGUAAAAAGAGUUCCGCAGAUUUUAUAGACGAAUGUAGCUUAAGUACGUUAUCACACAAAGGAACAUUACAGAUAUAUGACUACACACUGAUCACAUCAACAGACCAAACCCUAUUUGUAUAAAAAUAUAUAUCUAUUUUACUACUUUUGUUUGACAUAAGAGUUUAACCAUUUUUUUUUUAGGUGUAUGUAUAUACAGUUCAGUGACAGUGCUGUUUUAUUCCAUGUCUGAGUUUCAUUUCUUUGAUGCAUGAACUUUAUGUAGAUGUAAAGCAACGAUUAAUGUCUGUGAACGAUGCCUGUAAGUCUGGUACUGAGUUUAUGUGUCUAACUGCUGAUUAAGUGACUAUGCUGUGUAUUUCUUUCAAAGAGACAGGAAGCAAACACUACAACCUCUAAACUUGGCACUCGCCCGUACUGUGUAAGCAUCUCAGUGUAACUGUCGCAUCUUAACACGUGAAUAGGAGACGGAAGACGACGCAGUAUUAACAGACAUUCCACUUUCCCCUCGGAGUAAAACUGAGGUGCACGUGUUCGGUUCGGAUUCUGCUGGGGGUUUGUUGAUUUAGUCGGUUUUAUAUAAAAGAUGACUUACCCAA